UGCCUAAUUUGUUUCCCUGAGUUAACAGCUACAUUUGCAAAACGAUGUUCCUGUCAAAUUUGCCUAUAUAUUCAGAAAUCACGAGCCUGGCUGCUCUAGAACACAAAGAUUUGGUUUUUAUUCUACCUAACACCACAUGGAUACGUUGCCGGAGGAUUGUGUUUCCAAAAUUCUGUCUUACACAUCUCCACCAGACGCAUGUAGAUUCUCUAUGGUCUCUUCAACCCUACGCUCUUCCGCUGACUCUGACCUUCUCUGGCGAACUUUCUUUCCUUCUGAUUACUCUGACAUUGUCUCAAGGGCUCUCAACCCCCUCUCCCUUAAUUCCUCUUCUUCAUACAAACACCUUUUCUAUGCUCUUUGUCAUCCACUCCUCCUAGAUGGAGGCAACAUGAGCUUCAAAUUAGACAAGUCUUCGGGUAAGAAAUCUUAUAUCCUAUCUGCAAGGCAGCUUUCUAUAACGUGGAGCAAUGACCCUUUGUAUUGGAGCUGGAGACCAGUUCCUGAAUCAAGGUUCAAAGAGGUGGCCGAGCUGAGAACGGUGAGCUGGUUAGAAAUCCAAGGCAAAAUUGGGACGAGGAUUCUAACGCCAAACACGUCAUAUGUGGUUUAUCUGAUAAUGAAGACAUCCCACCGAGAAUACGGGCUUGAUUCGGUGGCGUGUGAGGUAUCAAUUGCGGUGGACAACAAAGUGAAGCAGAGUGGGAGGGUAUAUUUGUGUCAGAAUGAGAAAGAUGAGAACAAUUUGAAGAAGGAGAGUAUUGGAAUUCCAAUGAGAAGAGAAGAUGGGUGGAUGGAAAUUGAGAUGGGUGAGUUCUUCUGUGGUGAAGCUGAUGAAGAGGUUCUGAUGAGUUUGAUGGAGGUGGGUUAUCAGUUGAAGGGAGGGCUUAUCGUUGAAGGCGUUGAAAUCAGACCAAAAAUUAUUGUUUGACUAAAAACAGGGACAACUAAACUGUCAUAAUUGACAAAUAUACCUCGUCUACACGCCAAUGCCACGGGUUGCAUGCACAACUUCAGUCCAUUUUGUUCUGUUUCUUUUUUAAAUUUCUCUAUGUAUUUUUUUUUUUUUUACAAAUCCUCAAUGAAUAUUUUCUGACCAACUUUUAUUGCUCCAAGAGUAUAAAAAAAUACAAAUAAGCUGUUGGUCCAAAUAAUACUAAAUUUAUCUCUUUCUUA